AUGGUCGUAAGAAAGUGUACCAUCUGUGACCGUCGAUUCAAAAAGACCGAACAUUUCAAGCGUCACGAACGAUCGCACACCAAGGAAAAGCCGUACGAAUGCAAUGUCUGCCAUAAGCGGUUCUCCCGGAGUGAUGUCCUGAGCCGUCAUGCCAAAGGCCAUAAUGCCCCCGGGACCACCGCAGCCAACGGGGCCAAAAAUACCAGACAACCUUCUGCGCCCUCCGAUCAAUCGUCGCAUCAUCGUUCCUCGACAAUUCCUAUAGAUGGCCAGGGCCUUAUUCCCGGCCUUAGCGCGGAUACUCCGGCUGUGUCCAAUCUACCAGUGACGCCUCACGGGUUGAAUCUGUCGUCUGCUCCGAACCUUCCGCCGUCAUCCUUGGACUUUCUCGCCGACAUCUCGACCCAUCAAGCCCGCACCGAGCCCGAGGUCAAUUCGUUAAUGGUCGAUGGCCAGCAGGCGUAUUUUGGCUGGAACGAUGUUGCCGCUGCCGACCAAUCGCCGUACCGCACGAUAUUUGAUCCGACCCCGAACGAUAUGCUUCAGCUUUGGCUCGAGCCGCGGACCGAUGGAGGCUCAAAUCAUGGAUCCUUGGAUAUGGGUCAGGAUGCCAACUUUGGUCUCGUUGGAGAAACCGCAGCGCUUUCGCCCGAAAGACAGAAUCGUCCCUCGGUAGGCAGCAGUGCGGAGUCUAGCAACUAUAUCCCCAAUGAGAGAUUCGCCAAAGUCCAGCGCUAUUGGCUGGCCCCCUCAAACAACACCGGGCGACUCAUGAAUAGCCUCUGGCGGGAUGUGGCUGGUACAGACUUGGACAACGUCUUUGCAAUCCAUCCGGCUCAUUCCUUCAACAACACCCCCAGUCUGGUUGAAGGGCUGAGACAUGGUCUCGAUGAGGAAUGCAGACAUCGACUAUAUGCGGUGUUUGGUCAUACGCACCUGCAAAACACACAAUUCCGGUCUCCAGCAAACGGCUCCCUUUCGCAUCAUUCAUCUGGGAGUGUUUACGGCGCUCACCCCAGCUUUCCUCCUGCAGAGAUCUUCGACAUGGCGCUUGACCUUUACUUCCGCAACUUCCACCCGCUCGUCCCAUUCAUCCACCUGCCUACUUUCUCCGCUAAGAAUAUACGUCCUCCUUUGCUCCAUUGCAUGUGCUUAAUUGGAAUGGUCAUACUUGGGACCAAAGGGACUACCAAUUUUGUUUCCCGCAGCUUUUCGGAAAAGGAGCAUCUCGAAAAAUCCCAGAUGCUUUACGUCAACCUCAUAGCGACUGCGCAAAGACAUGGCAUGUUUGCAGCCACCGAAGGUCAAAUCCUCGACAUGAGCCUGUUUGAGGCCGUCCCCGAUAUCGAAACGCGGUGGAAAGCGUGGAGCAAGGUGGAAUCGGUCAAACGACUCAUCACCGGCCUCCUAUUAUUGGACUCGUGGUAUUCCUCGUUCUUGUCUGUUAGUCCGAUUAUCGUACCAGACUCGAUCCAAAUCAUCCUCCCGUGUCAUGAAAGCCUUUUCCAGGCAAACUCUUCCAUGCGAUGGAUGCAGCUGAUACACGGCGGAAAGCGGAUUCUGAUGCCCACGGUGAUUGCGCCAUCGGAAAAUGUCAAUAUACCGGUGGUAGAUCACCCUGUGGAUGAUUUCUGCAUGCAUGGGAUAUUGUCAAUGGUGCAACUUCGACUGUCAGAGGCUUACUAUCGACUUUUAUCGAACCGAGCGAGCUACCCCUUUGCCCCGUGCCAUACAUACGCCAUGGAUGGCCGGGCGAGGUGUCUUCCGGACCUCCAAUUGCAGAUCGCCAGCAAGUAUGGCGAGGUUCUAACCCGUCUGAACCCGAACGCUGCAGUCAUGUGGCAUAACAUGUGCAUGGCCCUCACCGCAGACAUUCAAAUCUUUGAUCUCGCCGCAGGACGGUCCGGCCCAGGUCCUGCACGAAGAGCAUUGGACGACAUAGCCGCAUGGGCGCAGACUCCCGCAGCUCGACGGGCGUGUCUACAUGCAGCGCACAUCUACAAGGCCAUGACGAACCGCAAAGCCUCGGACCAUACUAUGUUUCAUUCGGUCUUUUCGCUUUUCUCGGCUGCACUUGUGCUGGGCUUGUACGUGUUCAUGGUCCCGAACCCUUCUGAGUUGCAGGCCGGUGGCACAUCAAUAGAGCUUCUCGAUGACAUCGAUUGGGACAAGGUCGGCACCGAAGGAUUCACGAGCUUUAUGGAGCCCCGCGGGAGUCAGUCCUUCUCGCCGUCUGAUGAUCCCGCCGUGAACUUCAUCAGAAACGGAGGCACGGUGUAUUUGCGCGGAGUCCCUUUCCAAGGCGGGUACCAGUCCGCGCGACGGAUCCUGCUGGAUUAUGCUGGCCUGCUGAAGGACGCUGGGAAAUGGAGUGUGCGCAAGUUCUCCUACGUGCUCCACAUUAUGAGUGAUGUGCUUUUGGAUGUGGAAUGA